UCUUUUCAAGCGUCGUUUCUGCCAUGGCCAGCAAUCACAAGUUGGUCUGCGCCCGAGCAGCGCGGCAACAGUUUGGUGGGGCCUUCCAACAAGCUGUGAGAGAUUAUCGCUGGGCUAAGCUGGCAGCAGCUACCUUGAAAGGGUUGGACGCUUAUCUUCCGGACGGCUUGUCCUUCCUACCACUCUCCUACCUCUAUGAUGAUGAAGUGGCGCGCUUUGCCUGGGAAGGGGCAGUGAUGAAGGAGAAUCAGGAUGCCAGCACGCGGCCCAGCAGUUUCCGAGUCUUGGCACGCACUCGGCCUCUGCAGCUCUCAGAGGUGGACGAAAAGCUCUAUGAAUCGCUGAGCUCCGAGGGAGGAAAUCACUCCAUCAUCGUGCAUGAUGGCCGAGUGCAUCGUGAUGGAAGAACCAUCUACACCAACCAUUCCAGGUUCUGUCUGGAUGGCGUCUUUCCGCAAGAUGCGAGCAAUCUGCAAGUGUAUCAGGAAGCGGCGCAGCCUCUACUGCGAUCGGCUCUGCAAGGUGAACGCUCCACGCUGAUCUUCUUCGGCCAGACGGGCACCGGGAAGACUUACACUGCACGAGGAGUGCUGGAGGUCAUGACAGAAGAAAUCUUCCAAAACACGCAGGAGGUGACGUUGUGCUGCUACGAGAUGGCCGGGACGCGCGGUGGCCGCGAGGCCUUCUUCGACCUGCUGGCGGAUCGGGCGCAGGUGAAGUGUCUCACGGGGGAGGAUGGGAACGUGCACGUGCGCGGGGCCAAGCAGGUCUUGCAAACUCUAUGGUGCCCAGAGACUUUGAGUGCUCGAAGUUUAGCGGCUUUAUUCAGUGGUGGUAGCAACUUGUGUUUGCAAGCCUUGAAAUUUCACCUUGGAGACAUCAUUUGCUUGAGAGUGAACCCGGCUUCAGUUCUUUGCUCUUGCCCAGCUGCGGCUAUGCAUGCGCAGUGUGAACAUUCGACUUUCCUUCGCAGCCUGGCGCUCCCGAAUCUUCCCCAGCCGCCCGUGAUUCUGACCGAUCUGCCCAUGUCUGUCCCAUCUUUGCAGGCGCCCCGGCAAUGUGUUGCGUCUCCCUUGUUUUUACUCUUCGUUCCUCUGCUGUCCUCCUUUGCAUCGUCCGGGCAGGGUGCGAUGCCUACAUACGCACAUGGUUUUUCUUCUCUGCAUAGCGCCCGCCUUGCCGUGGCAGAAAAGCUCAGUACCACCUCGAGUGGGAAGCCAAGAGGGAACGUGCUCGGCAUGCUUUACCCUUCCCAUGCCCGUCACUGGUGGCCUCUCAUCGAAGACGUGUUCAUGUCCAAUCAUGUGAAGGAAAUCGGUGAGAACAUCUUUAAGAGUUUGGAACGCAAUGGGGAGUUCCUUUCUCUUUCAGUUGAUGCCACGUUGAAGGUGUGCAUGACCAUCCAGGGUCAAGCCAGCCACCGAGCACCGGUGAAGUUUGUUGCAAGCGACAGUCCAUCUUUGAAACUGUUCCGGGAGAUCAAAGCCGUUUGCAGGCAUCUCCAAUGCAUUUCAUUGGAUCCAGUGCACCUGGCCAUCGUGUACGAAUACGCCCAGUGGGGCAAGAAAUCUGCGGGCUCCAGGGUGCUCAGGCCCGCAGCCCUGAGCAGGGAAGAAGAGCAGGCAUUAGAUGCAAAUACACCACUCCUUUCCCGAAUCACAUUCGUGGAAACGCUCGCAGCCAUCUGCACUUGUUUCCCUAAUGAAGUGAGCCGAAGAGUCACCGGUACCAACAAAGAAGUCCGGAAAAUUCUGUGGGCAGCGGCAGCACCGGAUCGUAUGGAAUGGUUGUUCAACAACCUGCGAGUCCGGCAUGCCAUGACUCCGGCCCAGAGAGCUUUGUUACCAAGCGGAACCUCUUCGAAUGAAGCACUACAUGCUGAAAUUAAUGCGUGGUCAAGGACAAAUCAUGCGCUGCAUCAAAGCACUCUGCGAUUGAAACUUCAAAUCAUGCAAUUCGGCAAGCUGGUGGCACAUCACGCUGCCACCUGCUUCCCUACAAUCAAGCAGUGCAGCGAAUCAGUGCUGCUGGCGCGGUGCUUGGCUUCGGAGGAUUGGCCGGAUGAGAAGUGGAAAGCAUGCUGCAAAGGCACUGAGAAGGCACAUCUUCCUUUGCACAAGGACAGAGUGCAGGAGGCGGCGCAGGUCCGGCAGUGGAAUGCUGCCAAUGUGAUGAAGGUUUUGUGCCGCAGUGCCCAAGACCUGGAGGAGGCCAUGGCCAAGGCCUUCGAAUGGCGGUCCUCGGAGUGCACCGAACGCAACGAGGCAUCUUCCAGGUCGCACUGCAUCUUGGAGUUGCACUUUCCUUCCGGUUCCCUCGGUUCCGUCCCGGGGCUGCUGCGCAUUGUGGACCUGGCCGGCUCGGAGAGGAAUUUCGAGACGCAGAUGCACAGCAGAUCCAUGGCGGAACGCGGGGGGUUGAUCAACUACUCCCUGCUGAUGUUGAAGGAGUGCGCCAGGGUGAUGCACAAGCAGAUGAAGCAACUGGGCGAAAAGACGGAGGAUCUGCACGUGCCCUUCCGCCGCUCCAGGCUGACCCACCUACUGCGAAGCUCCUUUACAGAUCCAUCACACCAGACCACGGUGGUGGCGACCCUGUCUCCCUCACCCACUGAUGUGGAACACUCACUAAACACCUUGCAGCACGUUGGGAUGAUGCGCUCAGCCCGCGCCUGGGAGGAUAACACGGUGAACGCGACGACCGUGGCUGAAGGUGAGACGAGUGGCGCGGCUGGCGGCUUCGACGUCGUGCAGGGACGUGGUAGGGCCUUGCACUCCAAGUUACAGGAUGCGCGCAAGGGGCAGCUGAACUUACACGCCUUUCAGAUGAAGACGCAGGUGGGGGGCAGCAUCAUCAAGAAAUACGAAGGCGACAGCGCCAAGCUGGAAACCUUCAUUGAUGCCCGAUGGCAUCGCGAAUUGAAGGUGAAGGUGCAAGAGGACCUUUGGGUGCUGCGCGACGCGGAUAUGGAGGCGACUCAGGUGCUCACCAGCUGGCGCCAAGAGCAGUGGACAGCCUCCAAGGCGCACGACCUCCACCGUUGGGACGCCAAGAUGCUGCAGAACUUCCUGAAGUCCUUGGAGCUGCCAGGUGAGGUGCGGAUUCCCUCCACCAUGACGGGUGCCCAGCUGAAACGCCUGGGCCCUCGGGGUCUGGUGGCGCUCUGCAGCGACGCCGCCACAGCCGACGCCCUGCAACUGGCGCUGCACGGCGAGCGGCAGCGCGACGCGUUGGCGGCGGCGGCGCAUCGCAGCCGCAACGCGCGGAUGACGGCGUUGGGGAACCAUAAG